UGUUAAAUCCUGUUAUGUUUACCGGAGUGAUACUAUUUUACGGCGUUGUGGUCGGAUGGAAUUUAUUCUGUCGUCCCAAAUUGGUGCUAAUUUUUUCCCAGCCAUGGAUCAACUAACUGAUGCUCAGAUAGCCCUUUACCUCUCAAUGGACUUGAUAAGUGGACAAAAGCUGGUGGAAUAUAAGCUCAUCUUUAAACAGCUCAACAAAAACGAGCGCGGAGUGAUAACCAUAAAGGAACUUGGAGCCAUGAUCAAAUCCUUGGAUAAGAGUCCCUCGGAAAAGGAACUCGAGGACAUCUUUAGAGCCUCCGAUGUGGACGGCAAUGGCGAGAUUGACUUCAGGGAGUUCUGCUUUGUGAUGGCGAGUUUUGAAAACGAGGAGGAACGCGAGAUGUGCCAGGUAUUCAAGAUGCUCGAUAGAGACGAAGACGGUUUCAUCACCCAAAACGAUCUUCUUCAGCUGGUAGAAAAGGGCGAUAGCAAAAAAAAGGUCAUUAGGCAAAUAAUAAGGGACUAUGACUUUGACCGAGAUGGGCGGUUAAGUUUCGCCGAGUUCCUGACAAUGAUAAAGAAGAUCUUUUCGCACCCACCUGAACUUUAAAAAUAUUUUUCGCCUAACUGCAAAACUACAUUUUGUAUCACACUGGACACAUUUUUAUUGGAGAACAAAAUUAUUAAAAAUUUAAUAUGAAUGCACUUAAUUCAAUCAAAAUCUAACUGGUACAUCCAAACGAUGAGGAUAUAUUGGCAAGCAAAAUUGUUUUUAAUAAUAAUUAGAAAAAAAUAUAUUUUUUUGAAGAUUUCUUAAGGAAAGCUUUUUUUGUUACCGGUUUUUUUUUUAGAUCUGACAUAGUUUUAUUUGUCCAGAC